GAGGGAUAUAUUUAGCUGAUGAAAAAUUUAAUGCAAGGACUUUGCAAAGAAAUAUUUUGACAAUCUGGAAUGGCGUUUGUAUAGGACUUGAUUACAAAAUAAAUUUUCGACCAGGAAAAGGAGAUAAAAUUGAGGAUUUACAUGAGCGAGUUGCCAAAAGAAUUUUAAAUGUUUGUCUAACUAAUGGAGGUCUUUACAUAAAAUUAGGCCAAGCGAUAGGGGUACAAUCAGCAAUUUUACCAGCAGCAUACCAAAGGACAUUUAAACAAUUAUUCGAUGAUGCUCCAGCAGUUGACUUCGAUCGUGUAGUCAAAUUAUUUAAGGAAGACUUUAAUUGCCACCCUGAUGAAAUGUUUGAUGAUUUUGAACGUACAGCGAUCGCAUCAGCAAGCAUUGCUCAGGUUCAUCGCGCAAAACUCAAAAAUGGAACCCCGGAUUGGGAUUUAAUAGCAUAUAAAGCAUUGAUGCAUAUGUAUGAACACAUUUUUGAUCUCCCUCUUGUGUGGUCAUCAAACUAUACAGAAAAACAUUUAAGGAAAGAAGUUGACUUUGAAAAUGAAGGCAGGAAUUCUGUAAGAGUACGAUCCGAAUUUGAAAAGGAGAGAUCCUUGAGUGAUAAAGUUUAUGUACCUAAAGUGUUCUGGGAUCAAACUAGCAAGCGAGUUUUGACCGCCGAAUGGAUAGACGGCAUAAAAAUCACGGAUCGAGAAGGAUUACAACGGUACGGGUUUACUUUUAAUGAUGUUAUGAAAACAGUCAUCGAUAUUUUUGCCUUCCAAAUAUUUGUUAGCGGCUUUGUACAUGCUGAUCCACAUCCAGGAAAUGUUCUAGUUAGGCCUCAUCCUUCAAAAUCAAAUAAGCAUUAUCAAGUUGUACUCAUUGACCAUGGUUUAUGUAUGGAGGAAUCAAUUGCAUUUCGUCAUCAAUAUUGCUUAUUUUGGAAGUCGCUCUUUCUUAUGGACUCUGAUAUGAUAAACCAAAUUUGUAAAGAAUGGGGUAUAAAUGAACCAGACCUAUUUGUGAGCGCUACUUUGAUGAAGCCCUAUUCUUCACAAACUGCAGUUCAUAUUUCCUCUACACAGUCUACUACUUUACGAGAUGCAUAUGAAAUGCAGAUGGCUGUGAAAGACCGCAUCCGUAAAUUCCUUACUGACACUGAACUUAUUCCAAGGGAAUUAAUAUUUGUUGGUAGGAAUAUGAAUAUUGUCCGUUCACUAAAUAGAGAACUUGGAAGUCCCGUAAAUCGAAUUAAUUUGAUGGGUAAUUGGGCAGUCAAAGGUCUUGGACCAGAUUGGUCAAAUUGGGGUGGAAAUGCUAAGACAUUUGAACAACAACGACAACUUUCACAAUUCCAUGACAGUGAUUAUCGACUUUCAACAUACAAUAGGAAUUUUCUAUCAUUUCUUGAGCACUUUGGAUUCCUAUUGAAGAGCAGAUUUAAUUACUGGCUAUUUCAGAGUACAUUAUUUCUAAUUUCUUUAAGCUUUUAUUUAAAUAAUGCUAAAGAAGCUAUUGUUAGUUUGAUAUAUAAUAGUGGACCCCGUGGAUUCGAGGAGGUUUUGGAUGAUCAAAUAAAAACGUCACUAGAAGAGAAUUUUGGAAUAAUGUUUGAUGAAAAAAUUUUUGAAGGCUAG